CACGUGACCCGAUCCGGAAGCGCGCGGCUCUUCCGUGCUGGCGGCGAUGGCUCCGGACCGCUGGCUCUCGCUGUACGAUGCCACUUGCCAGGUCGCCCAGGAGGUCGCUGAGAAAAUCCAGGAGCGGAACCGGUACCAGAGGAACGGGGAAAGCUCGGCCAAGCUCAAUGUGAUUAUCAGGUCGUUGCUGCAGAAUCUCCAAGAGAAGAUUGAUCAGCUGAAGGACUUACUGCUUCGGGCCGUAUCAACACACCAAAUCACACAGCUGGAGGGGGACAGGAGACAGAAUUUGGUGGAUGAUCUUCUCACACGACAGAAGCAACUUCAGGCAUCUUACAAGAAUGAAGGCACAGAACCAGAUGUGAUAAGAUCGAGCCUAAUGACGGGAGGAGUCAAACGAGGUGUCACUAACCCAUGGCUCUUGGAAGAAUCUGAGGAAACCAGAGGGCUUGGCUGUGACGAUCUCAGGCAGCAGCAGCGAAGGAUCAUAGAAGAGCAAGAUGCUGGACUUGAUGCGCUUUCUUCAAUCAUAUCUCGGCAAAAGCAAAUGGGGCAGGAAAUUGGGAAUGAGCUGGAUGAGCAGAAUGAGAUCAUCGAUGACCUUGCUAACCUGGUGGAAAACACAGAUGACAAGCUCCGCACCCAGACACGGCAUGUGAAGAUGGUGGACAAGAAAUCAGCGUCCUGUGGAAUGCUGGUGGUGAUUGUGUUGCUGCUGAUCGCGAUUGCUGUGGUUGCUGUCUGGCCAGCAAACUAAUGUGGGUGUGGGGCCCACUGGAGCUGCUGCUCCACAGCUGAGUGCGGAGGACUCUGGAGAAGAGACCAACUUUGUGCAAAGACCUGUGAUUGAAAUAAACUCAACGGUAUUAGAAUGAGGCUGUGUCCGGCAGACAUCCGCUCUCCCCUCGGUGCACAGCUGAAGAGCGCUACGUGAUUUGAAGGGACUCUCUUCCCACCUUCAUUUGGCAUUGGGGAGGCUGCAGCUGGAUCCACAAGAGCUGCACUUCUGAUGCAUCUGAGGCUGAGCACAUGCUGGUGUCAGGGUGCUGCUGCCCAGUCCAUGGCUGUGGCUGCUGCUGCUGGGUGGCUUUAAGAUACUGAAAUGCAGGGGUGGGUUGGGGGUACAGCAGCUCCUCCAAUUUCUCAUACUUUCCCUAGGGAUGAAACCACAUUUUUCGAGGAAUAGGUGUUUUGGGGAAUGGCUGCAUCUGGAUUCUUGCAGGAUGGGAAGCCUCGCGGAGAGGCACGAGACCCCCACAAGAUGCACAGAAACUCUGGUGAGUGAGUCAGUCCUUGGGGGAGAGUUGUUGGUGUUGAUCUCCAUGGAUAGAUGUGAACAGCAGCAGGUUUCCAGCCAGGUGGGUCCAAAUGGAGAGCCUUGCCCUGUACGUGCUCAUGAGGACAGCGUGCUCUCCACAUUCUCUGCUGUGCUCUGCACAUAGGAUGUGCUGCAUUAAUGUACUAACCUCAGCAAUCGAGGGCUGCCUCUUUAUGACUUUUCACUCUGUUAGACCCUAUUUACAAACUAAUGAAAAAGACGGAUUGAAGGUUCUCUUCUGGCCAAGGAAAUAAUUAUUUUGUUACACUCCUCAGUUUGAUUUCAGAAUUGACAGGGCAAGCAAUAAAUACUGAAUAAAAGCUGAUCCAUUUCUAUA